AUGGUCUACUUUGAGCCACUGAUCAAGAAGGGACUGCAAGUCUUAAUUCUUGGUAACGAUAUUCUGGAUUUAAUGGAGAGAAUCCAGCGUCCGGCAACGUACUGGGGCAGUCGAAUUGCGGAGGUGGAGACCAAUGGCGGACUCAUACAUACGCCUGAAAUCUGGAUCGUGGCAAUAACCCCCAACCAGCCCACGUACGAAGCGCCAACAAAGCUCGCGACAUCUGAAGAGCCAUUUGACGCCUUAGUCCAGCCUGUGGAGAGCAAACCCAUGUACAGAGAUCCCGAUACGAGAAUGCCCGUGAAGUGGUUAAAGGGUACGGGCGUAUACUUGAGACAUCGACGUCCUCAAAAGGAGACUCAACGGUCGAAAUACAUGUGUACCGUGAAAUCUUCCUCUUUUGCGAUCGAUUGGGAUGAUCUUUACCAAGACAUACGGCCCGGCUCUACCCUACCCUACAUCGACGCUUCGGGAGAACCCCACACGAUCAAAUUUUCAGAGCAUGAUACGGCGAUGGAAUUCAAGUCGGAUACCCAUAAUGAAGGUCGCUCGGUUGUUUUGUGGAAGAGAAUGUACGGUCCGGAGGCGAACGCGGUAUUCAAUGGCAGGGUGCUAGACAGAAAUGGGAGGAAUAUUUUGGGAGAGGUUGAGUUUGCUUUCAAGUUCCCUUUUCAGAGUAACAUAUAA